AUGCCGAGCAAGCGCACCAAGAGCUCCACCACGCCCGCAGCAUCCAAGAAGCGAAAGACGGCGCUUGUCCAAGGCACAGAUCUUGGGGCAGAGAUGAAGUUCAAGUGCUUUCAAGACCUCCUCGGCGCCCUCUCGCCGGCCGAGCACGAUGACCUCCUCGCCGACUGCAAGACGUGCUUUACGUGCCGCGAGGUCGAAGACGGCGAGAACUACAGCCUUGGCUCGACCUUCUUUGUGCGUGCGAGCGACGCGCCAAGCUGCGGCAUGGAGGCGCUCGCACUCAAGAUUUUUGCGCUGCACACGGACGGCCUCAGCUUUGACCCGGCCACGUCGGGCGCCGAGUGGUGGACGCAGCACAUUGACCACCGCGACAACAUUGGCUUCCACUGGGACCGCGACUACGGCAUGGAGGAAGACAACGAGGAGCAUGUCCACCCGCUCGUCGGCACCGUCACGUACCUCUGUGUGAACGCGGGUCCGACCGUCAUCCUCGACAAGCGCGGGACCUUUGCCUACGGCACGUCGAUCGAAGGGCCGCUUACCAAGUGCAUUGUGAGCCGGCCGAUCGCGGGCAAGCACAUCACAUUUGACGGCGAGCUCCUCCACGGCGCGCCGUCAUCGCUGGCGUUUCCUGAAGUCGACGAAGACGCCGAGGGGCUGCGUGUGACGUUCCUUGUCAACAUUUGGGUCAACCACGUCCCGAUCCAGUCGGAGCGGAUUGAUGCAACUGUCGCGGCAGGCUUGAAGCUCACGUCGGCUGCUGUUGCGCCGGCGCUUCUCCAAGUCUACAGCGCCACGGAGCCGACAAAUCUCCAUCGAUGGGGCAUCAACAGCGGCGAAGAAGACUACAUCAUUCAAGUCACGCUGCCAACGACGCUCCGUGGCGCCGUCGCCGGCUCGUCGGUCGACUGCUUGCUCCUCAAGGACUCGUGCAUUGUCGCGGGCGAGCUCUCCGAGUCGGAAGACGAGGAGGAUGAUGAUGACGAGGAGGACGACGACGAGUAG